UCUGCCCCUCUCUUUCCCUGCGGCUCCGAAACCUGAAGCAGCAGAGCAUCGUAGCCAUGGCGAUGAGUGAGAAUAAUUCAAAGGAAAAGGAAGGAACCAACCUUCUGGGCACACCCAGUUUCAAGGAGCUGGAGAAUGGCCGCUUCAAGUGCGUAGAGACAGGCCAUGAAGUUCUUUUUAAAGACAAGGAAUCAUACUCCCAGAGCAAACGCUGCCGUUUGAGGCUUAUCGACUUUGCACUGUCCCAUAAUAAACCCCCUCUCAACAUGUUCAAGCAAGACCCUCUUGCCCGUUCGAAGUUGAUUUGCAAGUUAACAGGGGAUACCAUCAAUAAGUCUGAGGAACAUAUCUGGAAACAUAUUAAUGGGAAACGCUUUCUCAACAAACUAGAAGAAAAGGAAACACAGAAGCUAACACCCAAUGGAAUGGAAGAAGAGAUGGGUGAGGAAACACCACAGAAGGAGUCUAAGAAGAGCAAGAAUAGUGAGAAAAAGAAGAAGAAGAAGAAGAAGAAGAAGAAGAAGAAGAAGAAGAAGAAGGAGGAGGAGGAGGAGGAGAAACCAGUUGACGAGAUUAUAUCUGAAGUGAGGAAAUCUUCUAAUGAAGAGAGUGAUUCAGAAGACGCUGACUUUUGGAUACCCCCAGAAGGUGAACGUUGGGACUUUGAUGAUGGAGGUGAUAGAUGGGGAUCUGCUUCAGAGUUAGAACAGGAAAGUGAUGAGGAGGAUGGAACUGUUGAAGAUGGUGAAGAUGGUGUAGAGGAAUCAGAAGAGCUUUCUACCCGGACCAAAAGAAUGUCCAUAGAAAUUGGACCAAGCAGCUUUGCAUCAAGGAAGAAGAAGAGUAAGAAGAAUUCGUCAUGACGUUAUUCUGCUUCGGAACUCCGCUUGAAAUUGUUUUUAACAUAUUUAAAGCAAAGUUUUGCCUUUAGUUUGUGUAAGUUCAUUAUAGUCCAAGUCAUUUGCACCACCUGAAAGGAGGAAAAUUUUGGGGAGUAGGAAUAUACGAUCUUCUAAAUGAAAUAUUUUCUCAGCAAGGCGUGCUCAUUGUAUGAAAACAAUUUCAAAAUUGGGUAUUUUCUGUAUCAGUUUUUUAAUGCAAAACUUCAUUAGCUCUGUGUUUCA